UCCGGUCGGGCGCGCGGCGCCCGGGGGGGGGCGGCAGCGGCGGCGCGAUGGAGUUCCCGGGAGGCAGCGAUAAUUACCUGGCCAUCACGGGCGCCUCGCAUCCCUUCCUGAGCGGGGCCGAGACGUUCCACACGCCCAGCCUGGGCGACGAGGAGUUUGAGAUCCCGCCCAUCCCGCUGGAGUCCGACCCCUCGCUGGCCGUGGUGGGACACUUCGAGGACCUGGGCGAGCCGGGCGGCGCCGCCGAGGCGCCCUUCGCCCCCGCGCCCUACGGCGUGGCCGGGCUGGAGCUGCCCGUGGGGCUGCCCCACGGCAUCAUGGAGCAGGGAACGGGGCUGCUCAACAUGGAGCUGGAAUCACCCAUGGGCUCCCAGUUUGGGCCGGCAGCGCCGGUGACCAUCGAGGUCCCCCUGGGCGCCCUCAGCCCCGGGGCGCUGCUGGGCGGGGCCGGCGCCCUGACCACGCCCCUCACCACCAUCGACCAAUCGGAGCUCAGCUCCCAGCUGGGGCUGGGCUUGGGCGGGGCCGCGGCCACGCCCCCCGGCCCCGCCCCGGGCCCCGCCCCGGCCCCGCCCAGCCCCGAGCGGGGGCUGUCCCCGGCGCCCUCCCCCGCGGGGUCCCUGCAGGACGAGGAGCUGGAGGAUUUCCGCAGGCCCCCCGCCUCCGCCCCUUCCCCUCCGGCCUCCACCCCGGCGUCCACUCCGGCCACUCCGGCCACACCCAUGACCACGCCCAUGACCACGCCCAUGACCACACCCAUGACCACCCCCCUGGCCACGCCCCUGGCCACGCCCCUGGCCACGCCCGAGCCCCCGCGGCGGCCCAAGCCCCCCAAGAAGGCCAAGAAGAAGAAGGACCCCAACGAGCCGCAGAAGCCGGUGUCGGCGUACGCGCUCUUCUUCCGCGACACGCAGGCGGCCAUCAAGGGCCAGAACCCCAACGCCACCUUCGGAGAGGUCUCCAAGAUCGUGGCCUCCAUGUGGGACUCGCUGGGCGAGGAGCAGAAGCAGGUGUACAAGCGCAAGACGGAGGCGGCCAAGAAGGAAUACCUGAAAGCGCUGACGGCCUACAAAGCGACCCUGGUGGAGUCCCCCCCGCGGGUGGAGCUGGUGCCGGGCUCGCCGGGCGCGGCCGAGUCCCCGCGCAGUCGCUGCGUCAGGGCCGGCUGCGAGAACGCGCCCGUGGCCAGCGGAGACUGGGACGAGGAGUUCUGCAGCAGCGAGUGCCUGGUGCGCCACUGCCGGGACGUUUUCCUGGCCUGGCUCGCCUCCCGCAACGCCGGCGUCGUUUUCGUCAAGUGAGGCCCCGCCCCCCCAAUUUGGGGCAUUUUCAGCAGAUUUUGGCAUUUCCCAAAAAUCCCCAAAAUUGGGGAAAUUCGCAAUUAAAGGUUUGGAGCAAGAGG